GCCAUGCUAAUGCGCUCAAAUCCCAGAUUUUGGGUGCCCAGUGGCCCACCAUUUGCGAGCAGUAAAUACAGGCUUCUGGGAGCUAAGACAGUUUCUGAGACUUAAUAAUGACUACUGAAGCAUAUAUCAGUACCAAGGCCGAUCCCCAGCCUACGCCUGAAUACCAUGCAGGCUGUGGACAAAUGGCCAGGCAGCGUCCCAAUUAGGAAGGCGCCUCCAGAAUGGCCUCCGAUCAGGGGGGGUAGGGGGUGGUUUGAUGGCCUCCGGAGGGGGCCUCGAAGCCAUUUUACGUCAUAAUUGGAGGUCCCUGGGGUGAGAUCGGAGGCGGUGCAAUGUUCGUCGAGAACCAAAUUACGAAGGGAUCAAAUCAGAUCUUGUUCAUCUCAGCGAUGAUUCCAAUCUGCUCAUCAUAGGUUUCAGCGGCAUCGAUGAUCGUUGAGGAGAGCUCAGCCAUGAUUGCUCCUCAAUUCUAACGUCGUCCAUUCAGCCCAUCCGUUCGGCAGGUCAUCAGCCAGCAUAUAUCCAAGGAACUAGGGUUUCCCCCAGCAUCUGAUUCUCUCACUUGCCUGCACGUCCUCGACACGGGAGGAUGAUUUUUUUCGUCUCGAUCCUUUUCACGGCGGUGCUGGCUUCUCUGCCCUACAGCGCUGUUCUUCUGCCUGCACACUCGUUCGACCUUACAAGACGCGAUCUGGGCUCGAGCGGAUUCACCUCUGCGUCCUGGAUCUGGCUCUCCACGCCCUCCUCGUCCCACUUCACACAAAACGCCCCUGCCGGGACCGCCUCCUUCCUGAAACUCCUUCCGAAUCCGCCAAACAAAUCCGCGUCCUCGGCGCUCAUCACCAUCACCGCCGACGACUCAUUCACACUCUGGGUCAACGGCCAGCCCGUCGGAGCGUCGCCUGCGGGCCAGGACACAUGGAAGACGGCGUUCCAGUUCAGCGCCGCGCUCAACGCGUCGGACAACAUCAUCGGCGUGAUGGGCGUGAACACCUUUCAGCCCACUAACACAAGGAGUAACCCCGCGGGCCUUGCCGCGGCAGUGCAAGUGCGCUACACCGACGGGUCUACGGAGGUGUUCGGCACGGACAGCACAUGGCUCGGAGCGGGCCCGAACAACACGCAGUCGAACUCGACGUACCCUGUCGGCUUCCCUCUACCAUCUACGGAUCAGGCGCGUGUAUUGAAUAACGGGAUUGGAUGGUCCAAUGUGAGCGUCGCGGGACUGUGGGAUACCGUCGGGCCCUGGGGCAACGCCUCGCUCCUCUCGCCCUCGGCGUUCGGAGCGCAGAAUCUGUCCGGACAAGCGUCGUGGAUCUGGAACUCGGGCACCGCUGCCGCCGCAGGUUCCGUAGGGUUCCGCAAGACACUCGUGGCCCCGGAUGGGAAAACUCCUGCGAAUGCAACGGUGUUGGUGACAGCGGACAAUGCGUUGCAGCUGUUUGUUGAUAGUGCCUACGUCGGCGCCUCUCCAUCCGGCGACAACGGAUCCGUGAGCACCUACACCGGGCUUUUCGCCCAGCGGUUCGUGCUGCCCCUCACCGCACAGAACACGACCUUCGAUAUCAUUGCCCAAAACUUCUCUGCCCAGCAGAACGCCAGCGCGGGCGUCCUGGCCGCCAUCCUCGUUCAAUACACCGACGGAUCGAGUCAGGUGAUCGGUACCGACAACACGUGGCUGGUUUCGGGAGUGCUGAACAGCAACGAUCCCAGCGCAUUCGUCGCCUCGGAUGCGAAAUUUCUGAGCCCGGCGUCCGUGCUCGGGCCGUACGGCACGGCACCCUGGGGUCAGCUGACUGGGACCUCCGAUAUACUCAAUGCCGCGGCGGUACCAGCCAACGUUCCCGUCGCCGCUGGAUCGCCGUCCUCUGUUUCGAGUUCGCCGACGACGACUACGGCGGCUUCGACCCCCGCAGGGCUGGCUCCCGCACAGACAAGUUUCUUGUUCGUUCCGUCGCAGAGUCCCAAUAGCGGUCAAAAGGCCUCCGGUGCGGCUGUUGGUCUCCAUCAGAUUUCUGUGCAUCCUUUGUUGCUCAUUGGUGGUUCUGUGGCCAUUCUAAUGACAUGCUGA